AUGGCCGGCGCAUCGCCCAAUCGCGACGUCUUCGGGGCGCACCUCCUUGACACCAUACGAGGAGUGUUGCUAGACCAUUCUGCGCUAUUCCUUUCCUCCGGAUCAGAUGCGGCCGUGAAACAACUUGCACGAGUUGUUCAUCAUGCUUGGAUCCGUCUUCCAGUGGACUCGCGCCCGUUGCUUCACGACUUCGCGGCUACCAGCUUGACCUAUGCGCCCGCCAUCAUGGACAUGCAGCAUCACGAGCUUCCAUCUGGCUGCGUCCUUCUCCGAGGCGCUCCCGGCAAUCAGUAUCUGGACGCGCCCCUGUACGAUUGCGGCCAUCUCAAGUACCAUGUCAUCGACUGUUGCAUCCCCGCUGGGUAUCGCGCCAUUCCCUCGAAUCUCUCGACGUCCUACGAGCUCUGGAGCCCACAACGCGCCUGGGCAGUUCAAUCGCGCAUCAAUCCUUGCCCCAUCCUCUUCUUCCAGCGAUCUUCAUGGUCCGGGUGCCGUUUUGGCGUUCCUGUAGAGGAGGUGGCGAACGGCGGAGUGGAUUUACUCCACGGUGAUCACCGGCUAUACGCCCUUAAAGACAAGACGUCUCUCAAGAUCAAGAUGGAUUGGUCUGGCGUUCGAGGCCAGUCUGGCGAGAAGCAAAUCCGCGGCGCGAAAGGCUCCCCUCUACGUAACCUCAAUCGUUUAGCGAAGCUUACUGCGGGCGCGGUGCGCAAGUUCAUGGCUGGCGGAGGGACGACGACUACACUUGAAGGACUGGGGGAAUUCACUGUCAGGGAUGUUCUUCUUCUCGGAGUCAUCUUCGUUGGUGAUGGAGCUGCUACACCUCUCCUGGCAGUUCGGAUGCGAGACUAG